AAUAGGCCUAUGUUUUACUGAAACGCCACGUUUGGGUAACCGGAAUAAAGCAAAAAUAUCUUCAACUGUUUCUCUUGACGUUUGUUUGCUGUGAGUCAUUCAAAUGGACAAUAAACAUUCACAAGCGAAGGCAGAGACGGAACAGGAGACCCGUCCGCCCGCUAAAGACUCACCUUUCUCUAUCAAGAACCUGCUCAACUUCGACAGUAAACCUUCCAAACCGAAGACGCUGCUUGCCACCACCAAAGGACUACUGGAAGGAGGUUUCUCUCUCUCCCGGAUCGGUGAUUUAACUUUUCCUAGUUUUGACAUCCCAGCCCAGAGAUUUGGAUUAUCGGCGCACUAUUUGGAACGACCGUCGGCGUGGUGGUAUCCCUACGCGCUUGGCACAUCCGGACAACAUCUAUACAGGACCGGAGGGUUUGAGAAGGCCGUCGUGAGAGACACACCAUCAACAGGCGGGGACCGAGACACACCGGAGCUGCUGCGAAAAUCACCCGACCAAGACGACCAAGAGGACGACAAAAACAAAAGUACUGAUGAUGUCGUUCUGGAGCAGAGUGAUGGGGAUGAACCAAAGAAGGAAGUAGAGUUGGUGAAUGACUGGAGGAAAAUUAAAGACGAGAACUCGGAUAAAAAAACGUGUCGGAAAAAGAAAACGCGGACAGUCUUUUCAAGGAGUCAGGUGUUUCGGUUGGAGUCAACGUUCGAUAUGAAACGGUACCUCAGUAGCUCGGAACGGGCAGGUCUGGCGGCAUCCCUACACCUCACAGAGACCCAGGUGAAAAUCUGGUUCCAGAACAGAAGGAACAAGUGGAAACGACAGUUGGCCGCGGAACUCGAAGCGGCCAAUCUGAGCCACGCCGCGGCCCAGAGGAUAGUCCGCGUUCCCAUAUUGUACCACGACAACACCGGCUCGGAAACGGGCAGCGCUGGGAACGUGUCAGUCAGUCAGUCCCUACUAACGUUCCCUCAUCAAAUGUACUAUUCACAUCCACUAGUCACAUCCGUGCCGCUGUGA